AUAUUUGCUAGUUUUAAAUAGUGUUCAAGCGCUGCUCUAUUCCAAGCGGUCCAAAGAACUUGUUAGAUAUGUUAUUCGAUAAAUUCGGCGACACAGUUUUCCUCGAUAAAAUUGAAAGGAAGCCGAAUGUUCCGAUGUACUAAGACUGCCAAUUACAAUUGGAAUUCAGCGGUGCAGUGAGCGGCGAUUACUAAACGACGAACACAUUUUUACGAACCUUCGCGCAUCGUUUGAAUAAACAUACAACAGCUGAUCUCGUUCUGCGUUAAAAAAUGGAAGUCGCAUCACUAGCGUUGGCGAUAUCGACCCUUUACAUCGUUGUUACAAGCCUGAUAGCAUAUUGGGCGAGAAGAUACGUCGAAUACUACGUGAAGGAACCCCUCGUCAAGUCUUUGUUUCUGGAAGGAAUUGCAACGGCUGAACUUUGCGGAGCGUGCUUCGAGCUUAUUAUCGUGGCCGAAAACUGGGGGGUGUCAGUGUACGCUAUUUACUUGUUCCUUCUGACGAUCUGGUGGUCGAUGAACUGGGGCGACGCCUCGGCUUGUCCUUAUACUCACAUCGAGGAAGUCAUCGAAGGGAAGAAAAGUUUGCGAGUAGCUUUCCUCCUGAUAUGGGCUGAGCUUGUUGGUGGAUUGGUCGUCUUUAGGUACAUUCAGCUGCUCUGGGCCCUGGAAAUAGUUCCGACGCACAAGGAUAAGGCUUUCGAAGAUUGCACGACGGAUUUGCAGGUACCCGUAAUUUACGGGGCGUUUGUUGAGUGCGUUGCAACGUGCAUUUACCGGGUCGUUUCCCGCGGUCUGGGUGAACUGAAUCCAAGGUUCAGCACUAUCAUCGAUUCCUUUAUCGGGACUUCGCUGGUUGUGGCCGCCUUUAAUUACUCCGGAGGCUACUUCAAUCCGGCUCUCGCAACCUCGUUGAAAUACGGCUGUUUGGGCACAUCCUUCAUGGAACAUGUGAUCGUUUACUGGGUCGGAGCAUGUGCUGGAUCUGUUGCUUCCAUCGCUGUCUACAAGCUGUCAGUAAUUCAGAACUUCGUUGAGCAGCAAAAAGAGAAAAUUUUAUGAUACCUGGGAAAUUUUGGAGUAAUUAAUAAUUGUGCUACGUUGGGCACAGCUGUCGAUCAAUUGGAUUUAGUUGAAUGUCAAUUUUCACCUAUAUUCAGUGAAAUAGAAAAUUUAUCAUUACAUUUUUUUUUCUUUAGAUGUCGAUGAAGCUCGAUAGAUCAAAUAAUUUUCGACGCAAAGCGGUAAUAAAAAAACGGCAGAGAAAAUGUUUUUUACAUUGAUAAGAUAAUCAGGCUCAAAAAAUGUCGAAAAUCGAAGUUGUAUAAAAUUGUGUAUGACCGUUGCCGAUGAUUAGGCGCUUCUACUAGCCAAUAAUUCAAGAGCGAGAGUGAUAUCUGUUUUACUAACCGAAGGUAAGACGUACCUGGCACAAUCUUUCAAUUAGAAAUAAUUUAUCCGUAUUAGUUAUGUUAGUUUUGAUGAUUAUAGCUGGUAUCCAAUAGCGCCCAUUUAUGAAAUACAGGUAUUAAUUGCAUAUUUGCAAGAAAUUCCGGAGUUAUAUUUCGAAAGGCAUUCUAUCUAUAGUUUCGCAGCUUCUUACAUGUACUGACAAUGAGUGACAGUCCAUUACGAGUGCCUUGCAUCCUAAGUGUAUUAUGAUUUAUGAUUCAAAGAUGUGACGGGUAUCCGUCUUUCACGCGCGAUUGAUAUGAAUAGGUUACAGACGAACACUUAAUAAAACUCCGACAGUAACCAAUAAGUUUUGUACAGGCAUUCGACUACUUUUACGGUUGCAUCAGUACAAUAAAUGCUUUACACCAUUA